AAAUUUAAAACGUUCUUCUUUUCAAACUUCUGGUUUCUCUCUCUCUCUCUCUCGCACUCUCUUGCUAUCUUGCGAAUCCUUGCUUGUUCCUUCACAUGCUGGUUUCUCCUCUACAAUGGACGUCGAUAAAGGUUCUAAAAUCUCCGGUAAUAGUGUAAAAUCGCAGAAGAUCUUCAAUGCUCUUGUACACAUGUUGCAGACUCAACAAAUCCAGCUUGAGUCCCUUGCUAAAGAAAGAAAAGUUCUCGAGAAUAGAAUCCUAAUCCAACAGGAUCGAUGGGUUUCCGAUGUUCAUAUUCUCCAACAACGGAUCUCUCAGAUGAAGAUGGAUAUUUCACAACUGAAGUUGGCUUGUUCACUUGAAGAAGCGAAAUCAGAUCUACUGGCUGGGUUGAAGCAGAGAGAGGCUUUUCUCUACAAGCUGAAAUUAGGACGCGCAGAGACUGACUUGCAGGACUUAAAAUUAUGGGUCGACUGCCUCACUCAUAAAUGUUCUGAGCAGAAAGGAGGAUCUCAAGGAAAGAUCAAAGAAUUUGAAAAAGGAAAGGGAGGAGGGGAAGAUGAUGGAAACACAAAAGAAGAGGAACAUAGGCGUUCUAAGCUCUUGGAAGGUGAAGUGAGAAAACUCAAGCGUGCACAGGAAAAGCUUACUUCAGAGAACAAUUCUGAGGUUUCUGCAUUGUUGGCAGAGAGGAAUUUUUUGUGGAACCAGUUUAAGAAGAUGGAAAGUGAAUACGACAGUCUUCUAAAGAGUAAACUCUCUGAGGUUCAACAGGCAAAUGAAAAGAUAGAUAAGCUUGUUACUAAUAUUGAGCAGUUAGAGUCAUCAAACUGUGAGAAGGAUAAGACCAUUUUGAUGUUAAGAACUGACCUAGCUAAGCUUGAGGCAGCCAAGGACCAUAGCGAUACAGAAUUCUCCAGAAUUUCUAAGGAAUUAGAGUUGUUAAGGAAUUCGAGAAGUGCUUCAGUUACACCUGUCUUGAAUCGUUGCAUGGUGGAUCCAAAUUCAUCUAACUUGCAGAGCAAGAUCACUAGCAAGGACAAGAGGAGACUGCUAGUUAAGAAAGAAUUUCCUGGGCCAAGCACUUCGGACCUCAAGAAAGAAUCUGAGAAGGGCUGUAGAAAGAGCUCAAAAAGAAAGAGCGUCGAUUCCAUUCCCUCUUCAGAGACUCCAAAGUUGUUCUCAUCCACAUUCAAGGUUCCCAAACUGAAGAACCCAUCCUCUAUAGCUUGUGUUACUUGACCACCCACCCCAUUAUUUAUUUUGUGCUGUAACAGAAUAGGCUCUCACAGGCUUGUAUGUCUUCAACUAGAAUUAUUGUAUCCUAGUAAUUUCUACAUGAAUUAUGUAAAUUGCUAUUUGUUCUAAGAGUGCCAGAUGCUAAUACAAUUUUUGGUUGUCAAUCA